GCACUAAUAACCUUUUACUCCAAAAACUCAAUAGACCCAUAAAUCUCCCUCCUUUGAACGUGCAAUUUUUUUCCGGUGAGAAAGGGACAAUGGCGGCGGCGGCGAGGACGGUGGGUUCAGGGGUGGUGUUGCCGCGGUCAGUGACAUUUGUUACCGGAAACGCUAAGAAGUUGGAGGAAGUUAGGGCAAUUCUUGGCCAGUCUAUUCCCUUUCAGUCCCUUAAGCUCGACUUACCAGAACUUCAAGGGGAGCCUGAAGAUAUAUCCAAAGAAAAAGCAAGAAUUGCUGCCAAAGAGGUGAAUGGACCAGUGCUAGUUGAGGAUACUUGUCUUUGUUUCAACGCCCUUAAGGGUCUCCCAGGGCCUUACGUCAAGUGGUUUUUGCAAAAGAUCGGUCAUGAAGGUCUCAACAACUUAUUGAUGGCUUAUGAGGAUAAAACUGCAUAUGCCAUGUGUAUCUUUUCGCUUGCUCUUGGGCCAAAUACAGAGCCAAUGACUUUUGUAGGAAAAACGCUUGGAAGGAUAGUUCCAGCUAGGGGACCCAAUGACUUCGGAUGGGAUCCAAUAUUUCAACCUCAUGGCUAUGACCAGACUUACGCUGAGAUGCCCAAGGAAGAAAAGAACAAGAUUUCUCACCGGGGUAAAGCUCUUGAACUAGUGAAGUUACACUUUGCUGAGGCUCGUUACACAUUCCAGACGGACUCCAGUGCUUAAGACUAGGGUGUGUAUGCAUGCCUCUGUAGUGACAUAAUCUUCAUAUUUUUGCUCAAGAGCUAUAAUUGAUGACCAUGUAAGCUUCUUUUAUUCUCCCAGCUAAAAUAGUAUGAAGGAUGAGAUACGCGAAAUUUUGGAACUUAUGAUUGUUUCUAAUAGAUUUUACGAUCUAGCACAACUUCUCUUUUUAUUUUUAAA